GCACACUGUUUUGUGUUUCCCAUCGGCGAAUAUCUCGAGAAUCAUUCGGUUCCCACCACGGAAAAACAACUCCAAACCCACGUAAACCAAGCCCGCCCAUCUCUUUCGCACCCCCGACUCCUCUCCUUCCCCGUCCGCUCAUCUCCUCCGGGUUUGCGCUCCCACAGCCUCCCCUGCGCUUCGCCGAUCCGCGCCGCCCGUUCUUGGUACGAUGGAGCAGACCUUCAUCAUGAUCAAGCCCGACGGCGUCCAGAGGGGCCUGAUUGGAGACAUCAUCAGUCGGUUCGAGAAGAAAGGAUUCUACCUCAAGGGGAUGAAGUUUAUGAAUGUGGAGAGGUCUUUUGCACAGAAGCACUAUGCUGACCUUUCUGACAAGCCCUUCUUCCCUGGGUUGGUGGAGUACAUCAUUUCUGGUCCUGUUGUUGCAAUGGUGUGGGAGGGGAAAGAUGUUGUGUUGACUGGUCGCAGGAUCAUUGGGGCCACCAGGCCUUGGGAGGCAGCUCCAGGCACCAUCCGUGGUGACUAUGCUGUGGAAGUUGGCAGGAAUGUCAUCCAUGGAAGCGAUUCUGUGGAUAAUGCAAAGAAGGAGAUUGCUCUUUGGUUCCCUGAAGGUGUCGCAGAGUGGAGGAGCAACCUUCAUCCUUGGAUCUACGAGGCUUGAGCUUCGGGGUACUGGAUGCCUGGUUUCCUUCAAACUUGAGUUUUGUCUUCAGACUUUCCUGUUGGCUCUGGCUGUAGAGUCAUACUUAGUGCUUUGUGAUACAUAACAGUCAAAUGUGCCUGAACCUAUAUGGUUUAUGAGUUCGGCCUUUUUGCCUGCUUUGAUGUACUGUGAUUGUCGAACAAGAACAACUGAUGUGAUCUAAAAUAAAAACAAGAAGGCCAGUUUUUGUUAGAAA